CACACUCUAGUCAUCGAGGAUGGAACUGCGAUAAAACCUCUUAUAACCAACAUAGUCCUUUACGUUGCACAUCUUUAUUUUCUUUCGGUUUCUUGCUAUAGGUUGGAGGACUGAGAAGACUUCGAGACAACCCGUCAUGUCCUUCCGCAAGCGCAAUGUCGUAAUUGGGUCAUCCGGGGCCUCUGCGCCCAUCACCAGACAAGAGAAGUCUCUUGCGCCGGGUACGAGACCAUCUCCUCUAGAUGGAAGACUUACGACCUCGACGGGAACCCAGUCUCUGGAUCAGCUCCUGGCUGGCCACGCUGGAAUGCCCAUGGGAACUUCCCUGCUUGUCGAGGAGACAGGGACCACUGAUUUCGGGGGUGUCCUCCUGCGCUACUACGCCGCCGAGGGGCUCGUCCAGGGGCACCAGGUCCAUCUCUUGGGUUUCGGCGAUGCGUGGCGGCGAGAGCUGCCCGGUAUCGGAAAACCGGGCAACUCGAAGAGCAGCAAAGCCACGACAUCUUCAGACGACAAGAUGAAGAUUGCCUGGCGCUACGAGACCCUGGGACAGCGCAAUGUGCCAGUCCGAGAUCCUCAAGCUUCAUGGGGACCUGGUCAAGGUGCAACCCCCUUCUGCCAUACCUUUGAUCUCUCCAAACGCCUCGAAAACAGCGCCAUCAAAGGCCAAUUUCACGCUUCGGCCGUGGAUGGUCCAUUGUCAUCACCCACGCAAGCCCCUUUCAAGAAGUUCAUUGCCGACGUCAUCUCAAGGAUCAAGAGUUCUGCACCCUCAACUAUCCACAGGAUCAUUGUUCCGAGUCUCCUAUCCCCAACUCUCUAUACCUCUGUGGCCAGCCAGCCACGCGAGGUCUUGCAGUUCCUGCAUGCAUUGAGGGCUCUUUUGCGCCAGUUUUCCACACAGGUCACAGCGCUGGUGACCCUGCCCAUAACCCUCUUUCCGAGGUCUACGGGACUGACGAGGUGGAUGGAGUUGCUGUCGGACGGGGUGCUUGAGCUCGUUCCUCUCCAGCACCAGGCGCCCGUGACUCGAGAGCCCGGGAAUGAAGACAAAGGUCAAGGCAUGCUCCGGGCACAUAGCCUCCCGGUGUUCCACGAAAAAGGAGGUGGCCUGGAGGGCACUUGGGCUCGGGAGAACCUUUCGUUCAGACUCAGCAGCUCAAGUGGGUUGGUGAUUGAGCCAUUCAGCCUCCCACCCAUUGGCGACGAGGAAGAGGCUGCAAAGGCAUCCAAACCAAAAGAACCCCAAAAAGAGAGCCUUGACUUCUAAAGGCGAGACGUUGUCAAACACAUUGGAAUAUGUUAGACCACAAUCCACAAUCCACAAUCUCAAAAAGCAUGGAUUGUGGUAUCUAUGCCUGGUCUCUUCAACAGAAUUGCUGCGCAGUCAUUGCACCUAUUUGGUACCUACUUUUGCUACCCCACCACAGCUGAGGACCAACGGCGAA